AUGAUUAAAAAUGAUAAUAAACCAUUUAUAUUUUUUAGUUUUUGUGGACAAGCAUUACAAACAAAAACAUUAGCACUUGAUCUAUAUAAUGGAAAUAAAGUUUUUAAAGAAUCAAUGGAUAAACUUGACUGUUUUAUUAAAAAUAAAUAUUUUAAUGGGGAAUCAAUGCUAAACAAAUUAAGAACUCAGCCAGAUGAUGCAAUCCCAAAUAGAGAUCAAUUUGUUGUUCAUUCAUUUUUAUUCAUGUUUCAAGUAUCAAUUUUUGAAUUAUUAAAAAGUGAAGGAAUAUCUCCGUCUGUAAUUUUUGGAACAAGUUGUGGAGAAAUAUCAGCAGCAUAUUGUUCAGGAACACUUGAUUUAGAAACUGCUUGCGAUAUUUCAUUUUUUAGAGCAUCAAUGACAUCAAAGGUAAGAUCAUUAAAUGCACCUGCAAAAUUAAUUGGAAUUGAUAUUAGUUGUGAAGAAUACAAUAGACUAUUUUCAGAGAAAUAUCCAAAUGUUGAAAUGGCAGCAAUAUUAUCACCAAAACACGUUUAUGUUGGAUGUGGUGACAUAGAACAAGUUGAUAGACUCUAUGAUGAUGUAUUGAAACAAGGAUAUCAAGUAAAAAGUUAUCCUGCACAAAUUGCAUUUCACACUAGUGCAAUGGAUUGUAUAAAAGAUGAUGUUUUAAAACAGAUAUUCAUACCAAAACCAUCAGCAAUACCAUUAUUCUCGAGUGUAACUGGUGAAAUGUUUAAUAAUAGUUCAUUAAAAUUUGAUCAAAAUUAUCUUUUUAAAAAUCUUAGAAAUACAGUCCAAAAUGUUAAAACUCAUCAUAAUAUUUUUAAAUUUAUUGAAGAAAAUGGAGGAACAAAUGUUAUCGUAGUAGAAAUAUCACCAAAUCCAACAAUGAUCCCAACUAUUAAAGAAUCAUUAAAAACCAUAGAUUCAAAAUUGUUUAAUUCUUUGCGUGAAAAUUACAAAAACAAUAUAACUUUUUUACCAACACUUGAAAGAUCAAAAAAUGAUAUCAUAUCAAUUAAUGAAACAAUUUCAGAAAUUAAAAAACUCUUUUAA